UAGAUUCUCCGAAGCAAAAUCUGUAUUCGGCACCGAUCUCACCUGAAUUCUCAUACCGACGAUGCGUCGACGGUCUCUCAGCUGCAAGUUCUUCCUCUGUGUCCUCAUUUUCUCGCUCUACCCUCUUUCUCUCACCGCCCGCCGCUUUGUUCUUGUCCUCUCUCAGGAUGACCUCAGGGACGGUCCCGCCUCCGCUGACGAACCGCCCACCGAUCCCGACACGGUGUCGGAGUGGGACGAGUUUGGUGACUCCGACUCCCACAAGUCCGAGGAGGAGCUCGACCCGGGAUCAUGGCGCCCCAUCUUCGAGUCGGAUACGGCGACUAUUGCUGAAUCAGGCAUCGAGAGUGAGGCGCUGUACUACUCCGGCCUUCGCAAAAUGAUGUCGGCGGUUAGCUCGGGUGAUGUGAGUUUAAUGGAGGAUUCCUUUGGGGAGAUCGAGGCGGCUGAAAAAUUGGGGAACCCAGCGGCGCAGUCUGUGCUCGGUUUUUUGUACGGGAUGGGCCUUAUGAGAGAGAAGAACAAAGCAAAGGCGUUUCUCUAUCAUCACUUUGCUGCGGAGGGUGGUAAUAUGCAGUCUAAGAUGGCCCUGGCUUAUAUUUACAGGCGUCAAGAUAUGUAUGAGCAAGCAGUAAAGCUUUAUGCUGAAUUGGCAGAAGUUGCUGUAAAUAGCUUUUUAAUUUCAAAAGAUUCCCCGGUCAUUGAACCAGUUAGGCUCCAUAAUGGAGCUGAGGAGAAUAAAGAUGCUCUGAGAAAAUCCAGAGGUGAGGAGGAUGAAGACUUUCAGAUACUGGAAUAUCAAGCACAGAAAGGAAAUGCUGGAGCAAUGUACAAAGUUGGGCUGUUUUACUAUUUUGGGUUGCGAGGAUUAAGGCGUGAUCAUGCCAAGGCCUUAUCUUGGUUCUUGAAGGCUGUGGACAAGGGGGAACCAAGGUCAAUGGAACUUCUUGGAGAGAUAUAUGCCAGGGGAGCAGGUGUUGAAAGGAACUACACUAAAGCUCUGGAAUGGCUUACACUUGCAUCAAAACAGCAACUAUAUUCUGCUUAUAAUGGGAUGGGGUAUUUGUACGUAAAAGGAUAUGGGGUGGAUAAGAAGAAUUACACAAAAGCAAAAGAGUAUUUUGAAAAGGCCGCUGAUAAUGAAGAGGUUGGUGGACACUAUAACCUGGGUGUCAUGUAUCUCAAAGGUAUUGGUGUAAAAAGAGAUGUGAAAUUGGCGUGUAAGUACUUUAUAGUGGCUGCUAACAACGGUCAACCAAAGGCAUUUUACCAGCUAGCGAAGAUGUUCCAUACUGGAGUUGGGCUCAAGAAAAAUAUUCCCAUGGCCACUGCACUGUACAAACUAGUUGCAGAACGGGGUCCCUGGAGUUCUUUGUCUAGGUGGGCACUUGAAUCAUACUUGAAAGGUGAUAUUGGCAAGGCAUUUAUGCUGUAUUCAAGAAUGGCCGAGAUGGGCUAUGAGGUCGCACAGAGUAAUGCUGCUUGGAUUCUUGACAAAUAUGCGGAAAGUAGCAUGUGCAUGGGUGAAUCUGGAUUUUGUACAGAUGCAGAAAGGCAUCAACGUGCACAUUCUCUGUGGUGGCAGGCCUCUGAGCAGGGUAAUGAACAUGCUGCUUUACUAAUUGGAGAUGCUUACUACUAUGGUCGGGGUACUGCCCGGGAUUAUGAACGGGCUGCUGAGGCAUACAUGCAUGCCAAAUCUCAAUCUAAUGCACAAGCCAUGUUCAAUCUGGGAUAUAUGCAUGAGCAUGGCCUAGGACUUCCAUUUGAUCUUCAUCUGGCCAAGCGGUACUAUGAUGAAGCUCUAGAGCAUGAUCCCGCGGCAAAGUUGCCCGUCACUCUCGCCCUUGCUAGUUUGUGGGUUCGGAAGAACUAUGCUGACGGUUUCUUGGUGGAUGUGAUUGAUUCACUGCCUGAAGUCUACCCGAAAUUGGAAGCAUGGGUGGAGAAUGUGCUUUUAGAGGAGGGCAACGCUACAAUUCUUACUCUCUUUGCUUGUCUACUAACGGUGUUGUACCUCCGUGAGAGGCAAAGGAGGCAUGCUGCUGUUGCAGCUGGAGACAUGGCUCAGCCACCUCACCCUCACGACCACGCCAUGCCUGUUCCCAAUUAACAGGCUGCUACUAGCCAUUUCAAGGCUAUUUUUGCUGGUGCUAUUGCCUUGUACAGGGUCUCAAGUUUGUUCCAUUCUCUUGGAACCAGUUUCUAGGCUAAAAUGUACCAUAGAUCAUAGAGAUGCAGUUACAUAGAAAUUUAAACACGACUGAUGCGCAUCGCCAAUGACACGUAACACUGGUCCUGUUUUUAAACAGCAAACGAAAAAAAUGGGGUGCACGGUUCAAAGUUCUCUUUUGCUGCUCA